AUGGCCACAGAGCCCACCGUCGAUAGCCCUGCAGAUGCCCAGCUUGCAAGCUCCCCCAGCUAUGGCGGUAUCGCCACACCUGUCGUAAACGGCACUGCCAAUCACGAUGGCAUCGAAAACAAGCACAUCUCGCAGCUUGAGGACAACCCAAAUUCUGCAGAUGCGAGUGCAAGCGGAGGGUCGGAUAAUGAAGCGUCGAAGGUCAGGGAUGGCGACAAGAACCACGGGCGCACAGCCUCCUCCGUCAAAAAGCCAGCGACAUUCAAGGCCGUCUCCGUCAACAAGACUUUUCUAGCAUCCAAAGCGAGCACUCCAACCUCGACCAGCAAAGUUGCGGAUAGGCCCAAGGGCGGUUCCAGCACGCCACCGCCGUCAGGCUCUGCUACUCUCUCUUCACGACCUCGUCUGGUGGCCAAGACUGGUAGUGGGGUCGGUAGCUCUGGCACGCGAUCAUCUGGGUUGAAUGGGUCUAAAGCACCGGCGCCUGACGCUGGCGCGGUUUGGAACAAGAACAAGCCUAUUCCCGUACCCGACCCAAAGAAGCUAACCGACGAGGAUCUCAAGAAGUAUGGCAUUCACGUCGCCACUCGCUUGGAAGAAGAGGAAGAUACGCAAGGCCAGAGCAAGUGGGCAGAUUUGGACGACGAUGACGAUGACUGGGCACCAGAAGCGAUCACAUGGACCGAUGGUACCAAGACGACACUACCACAUACCGACGAGCCUCCAACACCAGCCACGAUCCCUGCUCAACCUGCAGUUCCAGAGGUCAAGGAGCCUGCUAAGCCCAAAUCGCCAGCCCCUCCAUCGACACAUGCCCCUCCAAAAGCCUCUAGUGGAUUGCCGAGUGGGAAGGGCCUGGUUCUUAGCAAGGCACCGGCCGAGAAGCCCACGUUUGUCGCAAAGCCAACGCCCCCUCAAGUAGCAAAGUCGCCCUGGGCACCACUGCCACCAGUCGAGAAAGCCUCUGCUGUGGCACCAGAAUCAGCAGCCCCAGCUUCUCGUGGCUACAACCGAGAUGGACCGCCAGCAACCCACCAUGGAAUGUCCCCUCCUUCACAACCAUUGAGGGAGAUAGCGGCUGAUGAUUUCAGUCGCUCUACGUGGCGUGACUCUGGUUCGCACGGCCAGCUAUAUAACUCUCAGUCCGGGCGGUUUGAAUCAGCUCCUGAGCGCCGUGGCUCUCUUCGCCCGGACCAGUCGAAGCAACCGGCAGUCUUGCAGAGGCAUGCGGGUUCAGAACAACCAGCCGAGCCAUCUGACGCCUUUCAAACAUCUCGGUCAUCCCAGGAAGGACAGUACGGAAGACGACGAGGAUCAUCCAACGUUAGCGGCGGGAGCGGCUCGUUCUUCCAGCGUACCGCAGGCCAGGGUAGUGAGGUGCAGAUUCCACCUGCAGACACGAACAGUCUUCGGAAACCCUCGUUUGCAGGAUCGGCAGAAGGUCCCCUGUCCCCCGCCCUGUCCCACGGGCCCUAUCGGGGAUACCGGCAGCCUGGAACUGGUUACGGUACUCGUCCGUCUCCGCGAGCUCACUUUGCCACGCCCUACCAUGGCGGCCCUCCAGGUCCUACAGGCCCUGGAUAUGGUCAACAGCCCAUGCCACAUGCACCAGCCCCUCAAAGUGAGGAUGAUGUGGCGAUGCAGAACAAGCUUAUGCGUGAAAGUCAGGAACGCGCGCGAAAGCGAAAGGAAGAGGAAGCAGCCGAGGAAGCAGCCCGCAAAGAGAGAAUUCAGAAGAAGCUUGCUGCGCUUGGGCCUGCACCGCCUAGUAGAAGCGAAAGGAGUCAAGCAACUACUGCACCUACUGCCGUCGAGUCUCCUAAACCGAAGCACAUUCAACAGCGCGAGCAACCCAAACAGCCCCCUAUUCCAGAAUCGACAUCCACCGAAUCUCAGCAGGUUGGUGCCGGCGCUGGCACGGAGUCUCAAGCCGCCGAACCUUCCACGAGUGGCCAACACAACGACGGGCAAAUCACCACCGCCCCAGCAGGGCGGCGCCCCUCGCAUGGCCAUGAUAACAGGCAACAACCCAGCUGGCAAAGAUCAGGGUCGGGCCAGUCCAGGGCACCUCCGUCUGGCCCAGAUGCGUCUACACGGCCUGAGCGAUCACAGAAUUUGUCCUGGGCGCCGGGCAGUCAAGCUUCCGCGCGCAACGUUUGGGGCUCGCCCAACAAUGACAGGGGUCUUGGCAAUGGGACAUUCAACCCAGAUCUUGGACUCAUGUCCGAUUCCCCUUUGCCGCAGGCUCAGACCGGCAAGACACCUUCCCCAAUCGCACCACCCAGCUUGUCGCGGGAGCCAUCUCAAGGGCAGCAGCAGCCGUCUGCAGUGCAGCAGAGCCAGCAAGCGCCCAUUGGCUCUCGCCCUGGUCAUCCACACACGCGAUUCCAACAAGCUGGAGCGCCCACCGUUACUAGCAAGUGGGUGAGUGCUGUUGCCGAAAAUGAUCGCAAGAUUGCCGCGGAACGUCUGGCAGAACGAGUUGAGAGGGAACGCCAGCUGAAGGAGCGUGGAAUGACAAUUGAAGAUGCUCGGCCCGCGAUUGUUGACACUUGGCGUCCAGUCAACGUGUCUGAAGAUGGUCGCCGGCAGCAGAUGCCUCCUGUCGUCGAAACCCACCGCCACCAAGCCGGGCGGUCGUGGCAAGGAGCCCGCGAAGGGCAACAGCAGCCCCCUGCCGCCAGACACCAAGUGCCGGGUCCUUCACCCGUUGCAGGAGUAAUCGGAUCAGGACCAGGGCCUGGCAACUCAAUGAUCGCGACCAACCACGCCCAUGCGCAGUCGAAGACAUCUCGAUUCUUUCCUACAAAGGAGCCUCGUGGCGACUUGAUGGGGGCACCAAUAUCGCGACCGUCGUCGCCUCAGCUGCCGCCCCCCACGAUGGAAGGUCAUCCUGCAUAUGAUGGAAGCUCUGCGCACCCGUUGGUGUCUUUGCCGCGCCCCCAUCCCGUCGUGAAACUCCCCCCUAGCGGUGUCGCUCCCACCAGACAACAAUCCGCCCCAAAGCCGAUGUCCUGGGCUCAACCUACCCCGUACACCCCCACCUCGUACAAGGACGCAGCGCGGAUCGGUCUCCAAACACAAGCUCAGAGGCAGCAGCCGCAAGUACCUGGUGGCGAAAGGAGCAACACCCCUUGGCAGCAGAGGUUCAAUAACUUACUGGGUGUCGAAUCCUCGAGCAAGAAUGCCUUGGAUCACACUAUUCCAAAAAGCUCCGCCACUGUAUCGCUGCCAGGCAAUGCGCGUUUCUCUUAUGAAAGCAUCGGCAAGGAUGCUGCUUCCAAGCCUAUGGCAGAGGAAUGCUUUGAUGAACCAGAAAUGGGGUCUCUGCCCCUGGUGAAGCUUCCUCACAAUGCCCCUGGAGACCAUAUGUGGACAGCAGCGGCCGCUCCCCCCCGGAAUUUCCCCAAGAGAUUCUUGAUCCAUGCAACUGCAGCAGAGUCUUUUGACUUUGGCAGUGAGAUCGUCAAUGGAGCCAAUUCUGUGCGCAUCAGCUUUCCUGGCGGACAGAGUGCAAAAUUCGUCACCGUACCAUUCGGUCCCAGCCGUGGACGUGGUGGCAAAACCCGUGGCCGUGGAGCUUACCGCGGGAAGGACAAGAAGGACAGUGCUUCCGCUUCUGACACUCACCCCCCAACACCGACCACUCCGAGUACUUCCGCCAGUGCGAAUACAGAACGUCCUGAACGCGGAGCCAGGGGUCGUGGCCGGGGUCGAGGAACCUACCGAGGGAGGGGCUCUGAGAAUUGGCAUCGCCAAUCCCCUACGCAGCCUCCCAUGCAAGCCUAG